GGGUGCAGGACCGCCACAAGGGAACGGAUGCAGAGCUAUCUGUAACCUAUACUAGGUCCUAUUUAAGCGUACUUAUUAUUUGUAAUAAAAUGGACUCUGCUGAAUACGACAUUUCCAUCAAUGGUGGGUUAAUGCCUCAAAUACAAGCUCUUAUUGCUCCACCAGUAUCUGAGGAAAAUAAAGCCUUAAAAAGUAAGCGAGAGAAGUACGAGAAGAGACAUCCAUAUUUUAAAAGGCCUGGACAUGGCCAUAAUCGAGAUUCGUGUGAUGCAUGUCGAGAUGGAGGAGAGCUCAUAUGCUGUGACAAAUGCCCUGCUUCGUUUCAUCUCCAGUGCCAUGAUCCACCCUUGGAGCCAACCGAUAUACCAAAUGGGGAGUGGAUGUGCCAUUCAUGUCGUUGUGCUGCAAAAAAAGAAAGUCAUAUAAAUAGAAAAAGAAAACGAAAAUCUCCUUUAGAAACUUUAGUGUUAGCAGCUUCUCUUAUGAAUCCUCGAGAAUUUGAGUUACCUAAUGAAUUACGAAUAGCAAUGACAUUUCCUGGAACGGAUAAAAUAGAUCAACCUGAGAAACGAGGGCGUCGAUUUAAUUCCAGUAAUACCAACGGGAAGAGCCAUUGUUUGGAUAAUGGUUUAACAGUGCCGUUACCUGCUCGGUUGUGUUUUGAGUGUGGCCGGAGUUGCCAUAAAGCUCCAUUAAUUGCAUGUGAUUACUGUCCUCUCUACUUUCAUCAAGACUGUUUGGAUCCUCCACUGACUGCAAUUCCCAGUGGACGGUGGAUGUGUCCUAAUCAUCCAAAUCAUUUUAUAGACAACAAUCUUUUAACAUCCUGUAGGGCGACUGAGCGUUUAAAAUUGUGGGAUAAGUUUGCAUAUCGACGUAUAGACCAACAUGCUGUGAAAAUGGAGUUUCUGCGAAAAGCACGUACUGCAAAUCCAGCAUUUAGGAUGAAAGUUAGGCUCGAUGGAAGGUUAACUGUGAAGGUUCCACUUACGGUUAAAUUUCACUAUGCUAAUCCACCUGAAUUGGACUUAGUUCGUUGUUAUCCAAUGUUAAAUAAGCUUCCACCUUUAUCACGGAAAAUUCACCAGCAAAAUGGUGGUGUUAAAGUUCAUAAAACAGAAGUAGAGAAAAAUUGUGAUGAAGAUAAGACAGAUCUAAUAAAUAUAUUGAAUGUAACCGAUGACGCUCGUAAUAUUACAGACAGCACAGAAAACAUUCAAGAUCAUAACAAUGACAACAAAACUGAUCAAGCAUGUCCAAUUCAGACUAGUGCAAACGAGGAUACUGAAGGAACAAGAAUAGUUUUCUGGGAUAAUGAGGAAGAAUAUAGCGUAAAGGAAGGGGUCCAGAUAUUGGAGAGACCAGUAUUGGAAAUGUUAGCUCAACAGAGACUGGAACAAAUAUUAAACCCAGAAGGUGAAGAAUAUGAAAUGGUUAAUUGUGUAACCAAAGCAAGAGCUGUGUUGUUUUCACUAGGUCAAAAAACAAGUUCUCCAACAUUUAUGGUCUAUAAGACAUUAACUAUUGGUACUGGAUCCAACUGUGAUUUAGUGUUAUCCAGAUAUGGCACCUGUAACUGCACAUCUGCAAAACAUGCCGUCAUUUUUUUUGACGAGACGACCUUGCGAUAUGAAUUGCUUAACUAUAGUGAAUAUGGAACAAUUGUUGACAAUGUAUUGUAUUCGUGUGAUUAUACCAGCCUUGGAUUUACACAAGAGAGUGACACUAAAAUUGAAGACAGCAUUUCCUCUACCAAAGAGCAGGAUGCAUCGGAAGACAUAAAACGAAUUGUUUAUCAGAGGAGGAAAUGUUUACCAGAAGGUCGUCAUAAACAGGUGCUGUGUAAAUGUUCAAAAUCAGUCAAUAACAACGACGUUUUUCUAGAAGAAGGUUGGGAAGGAACAGCUGUGAUCACCCAUGGUUCCAUUUUGAGGUUCGGUUGCCUAACAUUUGUAUUUAGUUCAGUGGAUAUGUUGCUAAAUCAAUAAGGUGCAAUAUCACAGUUUAUGUGCUCUAGAUUUUCAAUUUUUACAUGUGUAUAUGUACAAUGUUAUAUGUAAUAAAAUGUCAGAAUGGGCAGAUUUUUUUCUCCAAACAUGAAGAACUGAACAUCCCAGUUUCAGAACAAUA